UCUGCCUCCAGGCGUGUGGGGCUGUCCUGCGCUAACUGCCACACAACCACCACAACCCUGUGGCGACGCAGCAACGAGGGAGAACCAGUCUGCAAUGCCUGUGGACUCUACUACAAACUCCAUGGUGUUAAUCGGCCUUUAGCCAUGAAGAAAGAUGGAAUUCAGACAAGAAAACGAAAACCAAAGAAUGUCAAUAAAAAUAAAUCACCAACAAAAUCGGACGGCAGUG